AUGGAAAUGGAUUGUAGGAGGCUUCCAGGACGGCAGAGGAAAUUCACAUUCCUCUUCCUUUAUCUUCAUCUGUGGUACAGGCCUAUGGCUGAAGCAAUUCAUCCGGACUGCGCCAUCAUCUCCCAGCACCUGAGGGCUCGGGAGAUUUGUAGCCGGACGAGAAAGAGCGAGGCGCAAAACCGGAGCGACCACAGCGGAUGUAAAACAGAGUGGGACGAGAUCAGAUGUUGGCCGAGAGCUGAAGUCGGGCAGGUGGUCAACGUAUCCUGCUCCGAAGUCUUUCAACAUUUUUCCAGCAAUCAAGGGUAUGUUUACAGGAACUGCACUGUUGACGGCUGGUCAGAAAUGUAUCCACCCUACGAGGAUGCCUGUGUUUUCAGUGAUGAGAGCGAGUCUGAAUCUGAGACGAGUUACCUCUCUAUGUUCAGACAGGUUUACACUGUGGGCUAUGCCACGUCGCUCAUCUCUCUCAUUACAGCCAUAGUGGUGUUCACAGCCUUCAGAAAGUUCCGCUGCACCAGAAACUACAUCCACAUCAACCUGUUCUCCUCCUUCGUCCUGAGAGCCAGCGCUGUUUUCAUUAAAGACACGGUGUUGUUUGCUGAUGAGACGUUGGAUCACUGCUCUGUGUCCACGACAGCAUGCAAGUCAGCUGUAGCUUUCUUCCAGUUCAGCAUCCUGGCCAAUUACUUCUGGUUGCUGGUGGAGGGGAUGUAUCUGCAGACCCUGCUCGCGCUGACCUUCGUCUCUCAGAGGAAAUACUUCUGGUGGUAUAUCCUGAUUGGAUGGGGACUCCCGUCAACAGUUCUUAUACUUUGGGUGUUGACCAGAUUCUUCUAUGAUGACAGAGGUUGCUGGGAUGACACAGACAAUGUUGGUAUUUGGUGGAUUAUUAAAGGACCAAUAACAGCGUCGCUGCUGGUCAACAUAGUCAUCUUCAUCAAUGUGAUCCGGAUUCUGGUUCAAAAGCUGAAAUCAUCAGCCAUGACGAGGAACAGCGACACCGGACAUUUUAUGAGGCUGGCUAAAUCCACCCUCUUCCUCAUUCCUCUGUUUGGGAUGCACUACACUGUAUUUGCCUUUCUGCCUGAGAACACUGGGGUAGCAGCCAGACUCUACAUCGAGCUGGGACUGGGCUCCUUUCAGGGGUUUGUGGUGGCACUCCUUUACUGUUUCAUGAAUGGAGAGGUCCAAACAGAGCUGCGGAGGUGGCUGUGGAAGUGUCACAAUCAAAAUCAUCUCACCCCGGCCAAGAGAAGUAUCACUCAGAUCACAAUCCGAGCCCGCGGGGGGCUCGGGCAGCCUCCUUCUAAUGGCAACAUCUCUUCAGUAUGA